AUGGCUUCCAAACGAGCCAGAGCCCUCACCAGUGCUAGGGGAAGCUCUGGUCAGCUCUCCAUGCUCCGGAGCAUGGUUCAAGCCGUUUCCCGGGAGUGCGAACCCCGCCUGGGCAUGUCUGCCAGUGACAUCCAGGCCAAAGCUCCCACUGUCGAUGUGUUCUUUGACGCGAUCGCUUCGGAGCGGCUGAGACGCAUGCCGGCGGAUGGAAGUCGGCUUGACGGUGCUCUUCGACGCGCAUCAAGACUCGCCUUUGCCGUGGCCUCGUUACGCGAUGCUGUCAUUUCUUUCAUGGAUGGGGCGAACGAAGCCACUAAACUGGUCUGGGGUGGCCUUUUAUUGCUCCUAGAGAUGGGAAUCGAGCAUGUGGACAUACUGGACAGCCUUUUUGGUCGCUAUGGGCGUGUUACUCUCCAAAUUUCUCUUCUGCUACAGCAGGAGAGCUUUUUUAGAGAGUCCACAUCGUUGCAAAACGAGGUGUCCAAGACCUACGCCAGUCUGCUGCAGCUUGUUCUCCGUGUUACCAUGGAGUACCAUGACGCGUCACGCACUUCGGACUGGUUGACCAUGGGCGAGAACAUCGAUACCGCGUUUUUCCAGUUCUAUAACAACUUUAACACCACCUGGCGGAAAAUGUCAGGGCUCGCCUUGUCCAAGAGAACGACCACUGAUGUCGCUGCCGUAUAUCAGUUCCUUGAUCUGCAAGAUCGCCCACUGCAGAUGGUCCUCGAAGGACACAACCACUCCCUCGCUGAUGGCUCUUUUGCGUGGUUUGACCCGCAUCUUACGACUUUCACUCUCAGCAGCCGUGAGAUGAUGGUAGUAACAGGCAGCCCCGGAGCAGGAAAAAGUGCGCUGGCGCAAUGGACAAUUGAGCGGCUGCAGGUCUCGUCCGAGUAUGACAUUUGGAAUGUCAUUCCCUGCUGGGUACGGGAGGACGUACCUAUCUCAACGUUGACCCUUACCAUCCUCAAAGGUCUUCUCCUUCAAAUGCUGGACCGAUGUGUCAGCUCCUGGAAGACCCAAGAGGCUAUUCUUGCGUCGGUUAGAGAGGCUGCGCACAUGGCCUCAACUGGUGCUACAGACACUCAGGUGGAGGACGUGCUCUGGUCCGCUGUCAGAAUGUCAAUGCAGUCACACAUGCACUUCAUGAUUGUCCUGGAUGGCCUUGAUCAGAUCAAGAAUGCCAAAACUGCCAUGGCCAGAUUCCUCGCGCGUCUGCAAGGUUCUAUCUCCGGCACGUCGUCAAAGAUUAUCGUAUUCUCCAGAGAGCUUCCAGCGCAGCAGCGGCUUGGUAAAACCACUCAACAACUCUCGAUGACUCCCGCAUUGACUCAAACCGACUUGCUUGCGGCUGCUACCGACGCCAUCAAGUCAGACGGCCAAUUCUAUGGGCUUGCAGCCGAUCAGAUGGACGCUAUGGCCCAAAGCAUAGUGGCCCGCGCUCAAGGCUGCUUCGUUUGGGUGCAGCUCGCUCUCGAAUCUAUGAGACAUGAGCCGACCUUCAGGAGCAUGAUGAGUGCAAUCCAGCAAGCACCACGAGAUGUCGGCGAGCUGAUUGGCAAUCAUCUGAGCACGAUUGACAUCUCUCGGUCUGACAUCCGCUGCCUCCUUGCCUGUCUGGUGGCCUCCGAGCGUCCUCUGCGCAUCAAGGAAGUUGAAGAACUACUAUCUGUGGACCCGCAGAGUCUCAAGCUAACGCCCCAUGCUAACGGUGCUGAACGGAACAUUUUCAAGCCUCUGGGUCGUCUGGUCAUGGUCCGUGAUGGAUUCGUGGCCUUCCGCCACUCCAUGAUCCGUGAGAACCUCAGGCAACGCGCGAUGUCAGCAGACAGCAACUACUCGAACAAUCAGGGAUUCCCGUUCAACCUCGAGGAAGCCCACUAUGAUCUCCUCACGCGAUGCUUGGCUUGGACCCGUAUCUGUGUCGAGGAAGAGGUGGCGAUCUCCAUGGACAAAAUGCCAGUAGAGCAGCGUGACGUCCUUUUCGACUCGCAUAUUCUCUUAGAAUAUACUUCGCGCUACUGGUUUUCGCACCUGCUUUCAUCCCCCAUGACCACCCCCGACCGUGAAUUUGCCUUUACGCCGGUCUUCAAGAACUGCCUACCUAAUUCAGUCCUCUUUGCGCAGCUGGAGCUGACCGGCCGGGAGUCGCAGUUCAGUCGAUCCAGCAUCCUGGAGCUUUACCGGCUAUCGGUCGCGGUGCGUCGUGUGGCACUGGGCGAGAAGUCUCUGGCGUUCUUACAGAGUCUUAUUCUCAGCGCACGUGCGUCCGACUUGGCCAAGACCAGUUGGGCUAACGAUCAUUUGUAUGAAGCAUGGACGCUCAGUCGGUCGCAGCUGGGCGCCUCCUCUCCGAUCUCCAUGGAGCUGGAACAGCUGCUGGUGGCCGCUCCUCAGCAGGCAAACCGUGGGGACAAGACCGCGGGCAUGCGUACCGACGCACUUCGCGAGAUGACCUUGUCCAACUGGGAUUCGACAGACAUCAGCUUUGCCCGCCGCAUGGAGUAUCUCACAAGCCUGGUCCAGACCUACCAAAGCAGCAACCAGCACGACGAGGCGUACAACGUUUCUAGACAGUUCUACCGGCAAACUCUUGACAAGUAUGGUAGUCACUCGGCGGAGAGUAUGCAGGUGGCGGAUUUCAUCACCCAGCACUUCCAGAUCGCUUCCUCGGACGAUCUCUCGCUGGAGAUUGCGCGUCUCAAAUACGAGAAUAUGGUCCGUUCCAUGGACGCCACAGACACCCGGCGCAUCGCCUACUCCUUGUUCCUCGCUCAGCUGUAUGAAGAAAACAACAAGAGCAAGCAAGCGGACUCGAUUUUGACUAGCCUCUGGGCCGGCGUUUGCUCGCACGAUGUUGAUUCCAGAUCGACGUGGGACAAGAAGACAAAGGUGGCCUUUGUGUAUUACCAAUUCCUGCGUCGUCACGGCCGCCAUGACGAGGCUAAGAUGGUCCUUCGCGAGCUGUCUUCGGAUCUAGAAUCGGGCGGCGUCCACUCACAGGAUAUGGCAGACCGUGCCAUGGGCCUUCGAUCUGAGGCACACGAGCUGGGCCUCAUUGACAUGGAGCGCACUCUUUCCAUGCUCAUUUGGAACUACUACCUUGGAAGCGGAAAGCAGUACUCGCCCGAGGCUGUCACUCUGGCCGAGGACCUCGCUGAGGACCUGAUGUCCACCCAUACGACUGUUGACAGUCUCGCCACUUUGUCUAAAGAGGAACGCAUCUACCUGCACAGCCUCAUGGCCAGCAUUGCGUCGUCAGGCAGCGGUCGUCAAUCAACAUCUAUUUUGACCUUGUGUCACAACCUCUGCACUUUGCAUAUCCGCGAGGAACAGUGGAAACAAGGCAGUGACUGCGCCUGGUCAGUCUUGAAGCAUGAAUGGCCGGAUGUCCACGAUCCUACGUCCGAGGCCAAGUUCCGUUCUGACCGCGCCCUGUUGAUCGCGAAUAUCGUUCUGGACUACGCGUACUGUCUUUUCCGACGCCUCGAUGUCCCCACCGCGACUAUUGUCUAUGGAAACGCGUUCAAGGCUUCCAUUACCGCGGAAAAAGUGACCGUUCCGCACAUCACCGCGGUUGUCAAGACCGUGGUUGAAUUUUACGAAACCACAUUCCAAUUCUCCAAGGCCCUUAUCCUCUUGCACCAGGUCAGCGAGUUCUUCAUCUCUCGUUUGGGUGAUUCCGACAAGCACACGAUCGACAGCCUGUACUGUGAGGGUGACUUGGCCGCUCGCCUGGAUCGGCAGGACGAGGCCGAGGCCGCAUAUCGCCAUAUUUAUAAUGUCAACAUCCGCGGUGAUCAGAUCAGCUCUACUGGUGUUCGAGCAGCCGUCGCUCUUAUCGGUCUCUAUGAACAAAACCAAGAUCACGACUCCGCUCUCGAGGUUUACCGUCAUCUCUGGCCGACCCUGGUGCGUUUCGACGAAAAGGAUGGCUACGACCGUGCAUUUCUCGAAGGUCUGUUGGACAAGACCUAUAUGGGAUACAUGGCAAUCUUAGCCACUAGCACUGCGGGAGGAGCCGAUGCGGAACGCUACACGGUGGCGUCUCAGUACCUUAAGCUCUGUAAGAAGAUUCAUGGGCGAUCGAGCCAAGCUACUCGGGAUGCUACUCUUGGUCUCGCGAAGAUCUGCGAGGACAGCGAUGGCCAUCUCGACGAGGCGGUUGCCCUUUACCAGCAGGUCCUCAAGAGCAAGGAGUGGGUCCCUCAAUCUCAGUCGUCCCGGUCUUUGCCUGAUAUGACGGAUUCGCUGCCGAUCAGUAUCAAGCACAAGCUCGCUCAGAUCCACCUUCGCAAGAAGAGCACCUCCGACGAGGCUCGUUCUUUGUACCUGGAGGAGCUUACAUUGUCCAAGCAGCAGCGGGGUCUGUCAUCCUCCCCGACACUUUUGUGGCUGCGUGAAGUGGCUCUGGUCUACGCUAUGAAGGAUACGAUCGAGUCGCGCAAGCAGGGUGCAAAACUUCUACGGGACCAUGUCAACGAGGUCACCCGUGUCACUGCCAGCCACGAAGCUGUAGUCGAGCGCGCUCAUCGUCUUGCGGAGGUCUAUCUCGAAUGUGGUUACAAGGAUGCCGGCUACGAUUUGAUCGACGAGCUUCAUAAGCAGGUCAUUCAUGAAACACCCGCCGCACAGCGGUCGGCCUUGAACGAGCACCGCCCUGCGGUCUUUGUUGCCGCGUUUGAGGAGGUAUUUGGCAAGAAGAUGACGUACAGCCAGAUUCUGGACGCCCUGGCCCAUGAGAGCGGCGUGUACAGUGAGUUCCGGAAGAGUCUCUUAGGACAUGACCUCGUCCCCACCCUCGUUGCUGGCGAGAAACUCCAUCGCCUGCAGACCGAGCAGAGACGCAGUACGGCGGCCACCAAGACCCAGGGCAGCAUGUACGAGUACUUCUGCAACUCGCUGUCUGUUUCCGCUGAUUUGCGCCCCAAGGACGUUGUGCACCAGUUCUACAAUCUCUGCCGUCGGGAGGUUCUGGACGAUGAUGACUAUAAUAUCAACAUUAUCACUGCGACUACCAACAUGGUCCGCGGCUUGUGCGACACCUCGCGCUUCCAGGAUGCCGCAGAUUUGACGGGUGUGUUCCACUCGUUUGUGCACCUUACCGAUGGACUGUGCAGCCAUGAGGCAAUCUUUACUGCCAUCAACCUCUGCUUGUAUCUCAAUGGUUACCAGACGAGCAAGUGCUCGGACAGUGGCGUUGCCAAGCACAUGGGAUGUGAGUCACACUUCCUCCUUCAGGAGAUCAUGGCCAAGGCUCGCCAUCUGAAGAUUGAGUUCUCUGAACUUCCAUUCCCCGAGCUGAACGACCUGGUUACGGUAUUGGGUGAACAUGAGAUGUUUGACGAUUUAGAGGCCAUUCUCACCGAUCUUUGGACCUCGCGCAUCGUCCAAAAGACCUGGUCUCUCAAUGUGGUUGUGUGGAUCGGCCGUCGUCUGGUGGAAACCCGCUUCUGCCGCGGCCGCACCAACGCAGCAACCCAGCUGGGCAAGGACAUCUGCUACAACCUGCGGCAAGUCUGGGGCAACUGCGACCCCGUGACACUGGAGAUGACCAAGCUGCUCUCGGGUCUGUACACGGCAUCGGGCAACCACCUGGCCGCGGUGGCGCUUCACGAGACGGCGCUGUACGAGCUCCUCAACGAUCCGGACAUGGACCAGGACCAUGCCGCGGACACGCUCAGCCAGCAUUUGCAGCUCCUCAAGCACGCCCAGUCGCGCCUGAGCAAGGAGAGUAAUCAAGCUGUGGACACGAGCGCGUACGACGAGCUGGUUCAGCAGGUUGCUACUAAGUUUGGUGUUCGGCAGGAGAGUCUGCAGCAAGGCGCGGGCGAGGAGAAGGACGUUGGGAUGUGGCAUCGUCCUCGUCGGUUUAGUCUGGACGUGGAGGAGGAGCAGAUGCAUUCUAACCAUCUGCGCAACAGCAGUGGCUCGGCGUUGCUGAAUGGAAAUGCGGGGGCCAAGCGGAUUUCGAUUACCGCGUUGUAG